CUAGGAAUACACCUCGAUGUACCGAGGCGCGGGCCCGACCCGACCCGAGUGCGCCCGAAUCGAUCGCCACCCGACCGACCGCCGACACGGAUACGACGCCUCAUUCCGAACCGCGCAGGUCGCUGCAACGACGUCUGAAGCUUGGAUAAUGUUCAACGAGAAAGUCGACAUUAAAUUAAUACAACUUGUUAAAGACAAUCCGGUAUUGUACGAUUUCAACAAUGCGAAAUAUAUGGACUUCAACGCGAGGGAGGUGGCGUGGCAGAGAAUCGGAGAUGAGUUGAAACGACCCGCCGCUGAUUGUAAAGUUAGAUGGAUAAAUAUAAGAGACGUGAACAGAAGGAUAAUAAGAAAAAGUUUGCAAAAUCCUGGACCUCACAAUAGACUGUACAAGUAUGAGAGCCAGCUGUCGUUUAUGAGGCCGUUCUAUCGAGAUAUAUUGAUUCAGAACACCGAGUUUGAAUCCGAUGACAAAAGCGACAAAGAUUGGAACACGGAGGAAUGCGACCAACAAAUGAACUGUUCAAACGAGAGCGAUGAUUCAGAUUACUCCAUUAAAAAGACAAAAAAUAAAGUUUCCAAGGGCUCAAAAAAGAAAAAGAAACGGUCGUAUGAACAAGAAGAGAAACCAGCGACGUCGAAUUUUAGUGAGACUACAAUGGCAUCUGAUUUUGAUCCUUCAGAUCCGGUAGAUGCGUUUUUACUUAGUAUCGGUGCAACUUUGAAAACAUUUUCUCCAUACCAUUUAAAUUUAGCUAAAAGUAAAAUAUUUACAGUUGUACAAGAGCACGAUUUACAGCAAAUUGUUCAGAAAUCAAACGAUGUUAAGGUUUCUACAUCUGAUACAAUGUAUCUUCCGUAAAUGACAUAACUACAGAAGUUAUUGUAAUGGUCACAAAACAUUCAGAAAAAAAGGCGUUUCAAUUAUUUUAAAGUAAAAUAAUAAUACAUGAGAAAUGAUCAAAGGGGUCAUGACUUUCUCCAGUAUUGUUUUUGCUGCAUGUUUGAUCAAAAAUUAUAUUUUUUAUUAAUUUUUGGUGUAUAAUUUUUUUUGGACGCAUUGAAACGUGGUUCGAAUAUUGCAAAUCGGAAGUUUUGAAAUCAUCAAAAGCGAUGGAAGUACUGUAUUUUUAUAUUUUUGGCAUUUAUCUAAUAAAUAAAUAAUUAUUAUUACACGCUAAUAUUUUGUCUCAAAAACCGUAUUUUUUAAAGACACAAAGCAAGUGUUUCAAAUGUGUUAACAUUAAAUUAGAAAACAAAAAGAUCAAAGAGUUAGUUUUUAAAUGUACUGCAACUAUAUUUGUUUUUUCUGUUUUAUUAGUAGAAUUGUAUUUGAUGAAAAAUAAUAAAUAUUGAAAUUA